AUGGCUUCCGUCGGUACCGAUGCUGAGGGACAGAUCAAGUUCUUGGUCAACUGCAUCAAGCACUCGCAGGGUGGAAAGAUCGAUUUCCAGGCUGUCGCUGACGACUGCAACAUUGUUUCCAAGGCCGCUGCUGCCAAGCGAUUCGAGCGCCUUCUCAAGGCUCAUGGCAUGAAGGCCAGCGAGCUCUCCAAGGGUAGCACCAUGAAUGGUACCUCCUCUCCUGCUCAGAACACCGCCAGUCCCAAGACGCCGGCCAAGAGUACCAGCAAGACCACUCCUAAGUCCAAGGGAAAGCGCGCUGCUCCCACCUCCUCCACCAAGGACACCAAGCGUGCCAAGAUGGCCGACCAUCCCGCCGUGUCCUCCUAUAACGUUGAGGAUGACGAGGAGGAUGAGGCUCAGUUCAAGGUCAAGGAGGAGACUCAGGCUCCUGGCGAUGCUGUCACCAACAACGGUUCGUACCACGAUCAUCCCCGAGACCGCGAUUUCGACGACGACGAGUUGCAACUUCUCUACAUCGUGGAGAAGCCGACCGGUUGCCCUGUCCACGAUUUCGGCGAAUCUCGAAGCUCCCAUUCCACUUCCAUGUCCAGCGAUACUAAUACCGAGUCUUCGAUGCAGAUGAUGGCCAGGGCGAUGAGUCUUUCCAGGCUUAACGGCGCCCAGGUACCCACUUGCUAUCAUGGCUGGAGUUUCAUGCCAGAGACGCCUGUCUAUGCAUGGCCGGAUACGUGCACGUUACAUGGAGAGCGAGAAGCCGCUCAGCUGGUCGGGAUAUGUUAG